CCAAAACUAUACGACGUUUAAGCAUCUUAUUUUGUACGUAAGUUAUUUUGCGCGACCUGUGUUGUUGAGAUAGGAGCGCACGAUUGAGUUGUUUUCCUGGUACCGCGGCGUGCACGGUUGUGUGGAUCCUACGCCGGUGGUGCUGCAGCCCUACACGACUCUGCUUUUUUCCCACAAUGCAGCGCGGCCCCAGCCUAAGUUCGCUGUCUGUGGUGCUGAAGCUGCGCGGACCGGCGGCUCGAUCUCAAAAGGGAAAACAAAAUCUGGCGAUCGUCCUUCUCAGGCAUCCUUCUCGACAACACCACUGAGCCAGUGCACGCCGAGGGAUAAAAGCACCACUACAGAAGCAAGGAAAACAAAACAAACAAAAUAAUAAUAAUAAAAGGUUUUCGUGUAUUAUUCAUAGGGAAUUCUCACGCUACAUUUUGCCUUGCAUAUAUUCGUGUGCUGUGUUUUAUGUACGCCCCUGUUUCUCGAUUUUGUCGCUGAAUCCACUAUUCCGUUUUUUUUUGCCUCGUACCCUUUAUGCACAGCACGCUGAUCCAACCUUUAGAAAGAAAGCAGACGCUGGUGCCCGAGCAUCAUGGCUUUCUGCUAUCGGGCGCAUUGAACGAUAUGGAAGCCAAGCAGCACUCGAUCAAGAGCCUAAAGAGCUACCCGGAGACGGGGGGCCGGAGCCUAGCAGCGGCAGCGGGUGGGGACGUCGGCGGAGGUGUAGUAGGGCAUCGUGCCGGAGCGGAGCUGGAGAUGGACGCCAAGAUACAGAAAGCGGUGGACUUUAAAGCGGAGGGUCAUCGCUGUUACAAGGAGAAGAAAUUUCGGGAAGCGAUCGGGAAGUAUCACCGGGCUCUACUGCAGCUCAAGGGGGUCCAUGUCGCCGAAGGGACCACGGGCUCCGAGGUCAACCUGCUGAACCAAGCCGCGGCCAAGCUUACGGAGGAGCAGCAGAGAGCUGUGGAGAGCACGGAGAUCGAGUGCUAUGACAGCCUGACGGCAUGCCUCUUGCAGUCAGAGCUGGUCAACUAUGAGCGAGUGAAGGAGUACUGCUUGAAGGUACUUAGCCACCAGCAGGACCACUUCAAGGCCAUGUACCGCGCCGGCAUCGCCUACUACCACCUGGGCGACUACGAGUGCGCCCUGCGCUACCUGCGCGACGCCAAGAGCCGCGAGCCCACAGACACUAAUGUGUUGCGGUAUAUCCAGCUGACAGAAAUGAAAAUGAACAAGAGUGGCCAGCGGGAGCGAGAGAGUGGCAAAGAGGUGGUGGGCUAAGCUCCACACCCCAUUGCUUCUAGUCUAACCCCUCCUUCUGCUUCAUCUCCUCCUCCUCCUCCACAAUAUCCUAAUACUCACUAUUUCCUCCUUUUCGCUAAACACCUGUGUCCCAGAUAUGCUGGGACCAUAGCGCCACCUAGUGACAGUUGCAAGCCACGCAUUCAUUCUCCCAUCGUCCUCCUUAUGAAACACACACACACACACACACGCAAAAAUGACAACACAACUCCUGUCCCCCUGCUUUGGAACUAUUCGCCCCAAGCUCGUUUUGAGCACACACGCAAGCCAACAAAAUAAACAGGCGAAAAUUAAAAGGGAAUUACAAUCGCAUCCAUUUAGCGAUCGAACACGAAUUCAAAAGAUAAAACCUUAUGGGACGUUGUUCAGCUAUAAAAAAAAUGCGAACACAAAUAUGUACAAUGUUUAUGUAUGUAAGUUUUCUUUUUUUUUAAUGAUUUGAAGAAAGACGAGAGGCCCUGGUCUGUGGAAGGGAUUUAGGUGCCAGCGCGUGACUUUACGAGACACACAGUCGCUCGGGAAAGAGGGACGACGCAGCGAAAGAGGCCGCCAUCUAGGCACACGUGAAGGCACUGUGCCGAAUUCGCGCUAUGAUUCACACCUACUGAGAGAAACGGUGCCCCCCCCCCGCCCCACCUCAGGCUAUACCACCAAAACAAGAGGGGAGGAGAGAGGUUAUGUAAGGAUGUAGCCUCUGUCUUUUUGAUACUGAAAAGAAGCUGGCCUGUUUUUGAUUAAUACUAUUUUCCUUUUCUUAACUUUCUCGUUCAAGUUGGGACUGUUUGACCUCAAGGGCUAAUUCUGUGUUUGUAGUUUCUUUGUUGGCAUUUAAUUUGACUCGAUGUUCUUGAUGUCAUUAACAUUGUAAUUCCGAUACUUUUUUCUAAAGGAAGUACAAGCAUCUCUUAUUUUAUGGUUCUGAAGCAAAACUCUGUUCUUAUAUCCUGAUCUGUCAUCGACUGGUAUAUCCUGAUCUGUCAUCGACUGGUAUAUCCUGAUCUGUCAUCGACUAGUAUAUCCUGAUCUGUCAUUGACUGGUAUAUCCUGAUCUGUCAUUGACUGGCGUUUGUGUUUAUUUCACACUUGUCCCACCUUGAGAUCUGUAAACAUGUCAGACGUUUCACCAUCAUAGACCCAACCCUCCCCUCUCCCCACAAUGACCAGUGUGAAAUCAAUGGAGAGGGUCUCCUGCAUUAGUGUUAGAAUGAGGAAUCUCUCAAACCCCACAUUUCGCCGCUCUGCCGUUGCCCGGUCCGCCAUUCAGACUCACGUUGUGUGAGGUGUCGGCGAACGGUGGACCACCAUAUAACGCAAAGGUGUUGUCUGUGCAGAAAAUACUACUACUAACAUCUGAGACUGUUCAUUAAUUUGCCUGUCAGAAUCGUGUAUUUGCCAUUUGAGAUUCUUAUUUAUUUUUUAUUUUUAAAGUAAGCUGUCAAUGUCACAAAUGGGUAAAAUAUUAGUAAAACUGUAAUACUGCUACGACGAGAUCGGUAUUUAGACUAAUAACAUUAAGAGUAAUAGAGUUCAUGGGAGUUCAUAUUAGCAAAACUAUAGAUCUAGUAAAUAGCCAAGUCUAAUCUCUGACCCUCCUGCUUCUCAGGGCCAAUGGGUCCAGCUGGGGUUGGGGCACACGGCUCAUUCAUCCACUAUAUUGUUGGGAGGGGCUGGGGGGGGAUUCUGAUCUCACACUUCUUCUGGUGCUGAAGGUCCCCUUGCCCCAACUCACAACCCACCUAGCCAGACUUACUGUGGUUUAAAAAACAACGGGGAAAAAGCAUUUUUCUGAGCUUAGCAGCGCUUGAGGGGAUGAACCAGGUUUCGGUUGCUAGACUUUUGCUAAAACUGACCUGCAUGGCAAUGGAUUAGAAAAAAAAGAAAGUGGAACCUGCAUGGUGCCUAAGUAGCGCACGCACAGGGGGGGGGGGGGGGGGGGGGGCGCUUUAAGAGCUGCAAGAGGCAUGCUGGGAUACAGGAGGACAGAUGGCAUGUGGCCUUCCCCAGCGGCUCCUCAUCUCUACACUCCUCUUGUUCUCCUCAUCUGUGCUGAUACACUCCUUAUAUGGGGGGGGGGGGGGGGAGAGAGAUAAUGGGUGGCCCAUCAAGGGGGCGCUGUCAUGACACACGGACUACGGUCAAUAACGACACCCCACUUAUCGGAUCAGGCAUGACAAACAAAGCGUGACACAUUUACAGCCUCUGAGCAGAGUGAAUAAAUACACAAUUAAGCAAAUAAACGGACCAGGCUGUUUCUCGCUGACUGGAAAUCGUAAAUAUAUCACUUUAAUCCAGAGGUGUAAUGCAGAUGUGUAGGAGCUCGUUUCCUGCAGAGGAGCCCCGGGACGCCAAGCCUGUUGACAUGCAAUGUUUUCUCUGUGUUUCUUUGAGGUUGGAACCAUGUUAUAAUGUUGCCACGGCAUCGCAGAGAUGUACUUACGUGUCAUCUGGUGCAUUAAACUGCUGUGCCGCUCUCUCUCUCUCUCUCUCUGUUUCUCUCUCUCUCUGUGAGGCUCUCCCUGUUUCUCUCUCUCUGUGAGACUCUCCCUGUUUCUCUCUCUUUCUCGCACUGGGAAGAGAGCAGUGGGGGACAGUAGCACACUGAGGCCACACUCUCUGUCUCCCAGGCAGGUUCAGAUUGUCCGCCUGGGCCCCAUGCGAAGGCUCAUGUCUCAAGAGUUGUGUCAUAAGCCCCGCCCCCUAUCCCACCCAUGCCCCGCCCCUUCUCAGCCCCACCCCAUACCAUGCACUGCAUCCCACCUUCCCACCACCGGCGGUACCUGCAUCUGUGCAUCGAGAGAGGCUCCCUCCUGUCAAACCUUUGGUGGAUCACAUCCAGGCAGAACAACAAAAGCACAACUCGAGAAAUGUAGACAAGUAAAUCGCUGUGUGUUUUGCUUUGAUGUCACUUUCCGUAUAUGUUUGUUGACCGUCCAAGUGAGGAUUUUUUGUGGUUUUAAAAUUAUUGUAAAAAAAAAUGGUUGUGCUGAUAAAAAAAAAAGCUUUAUUUAAUAGGACUGAUUUAUUUAUCUUUGAAAAGUGGUGGAGGAGAGAGUGUAAGGGUCAUAAAUAUGGCAGGCACCUUAAGCCAACGUGCAUCCCUGGAAGCUUCCGGAAGCUCGUCCACUCUGUGUUCUGUGUGGGACCCGAAUCAUGUCUCUGGCCUCCAAGAUGCCAUACGGAAGGCUGAGGAUCCAGAGCAGGCCAUCUUCGAAGUCUCCAGAAACAGACUCUUCAGGGGAUGGACAUUGAUCCUGCGUUUGGUUGCGUAAAAGAGACACUUUUUUGAGAGACUUUUGAAUGGAAUGAUGCGAGACCCAAAAAAAGAAGGGAAAAAAAACGAACCACAUGCCUGGGAAUGCGCUAGAGAUUGGCAUUUGAAGAAAACAUGAAAUAAAGUUUAAAAAGGGAA